AUGGAAACCCAUGCAGAUGAAGCAACGACAGAGCCAACCGGCCAGAAUAGUCCCGUUUUGAACGAGAAUAACUUUACAAACGUGAUCGAAAUCGGACACGAAAAUAAACCACACAGCGAUCAAGACAGUUUAAGCGAAGUCACAGAGUGUCGUCGAAGCACUAGAGAGAGAAAACUAAACCAAAAAGGUAAAGAAUACAUUUUAGAUUUAAAGAGAAAUAUAUUCAAACAAACAAAGUGUUGUCUAGUUGAUAAAUUAUCGUCGCUUAAAACGGAAGUAAGCACUCUAGAAGGAUCGAGUAUUACAUACGAAAUUGAACAACUAGAGACUUUAGUCAAAGAAUUUAAUCAGGGUUUGGACGAAUUACUAAAACUGCUUGAACCCGAACAGCGUGAAAGCUAUAUUACAGAGUGUCAAAGCGUUUUGAACGACUGGAACAAUGUGAAGGGUUCGUUAGUUCUAAAUAUGCAAAAAUAUGAAAUCGACAACAUCCGGUCUAACCACCAGGUGUCAUUACCGGAAGACAGAAAAUCAACCACUUCUUCUUUUCGUACUUCCUCUUCUAUACAAGAAAAAAAGCUGCAAGCCCGCGCGAAAGUAGCCGCGCUCCGAAGUAAAAUUGUAGUAGAAGAGGAGAUUAUCGAACAAAAAAAUUUGCUAGCCAAACAUGAAGCCCACUUAGAGAAAUUGAAAAUGAAGCAACAAUUAGCCGAAGCAGAAGCAGAAGUAGAGGUUUACGAAGAAGCCGAAAACGACCAAGAUCAAAUUCCUGCCCUCCCUAAAAAUAGAUUUCCGUCUCCAACCACAAGUAAUAACAACCUGAAUAAUAAAAUAACUCGAGAUAAUGUAACGCCAGCACCCCUCCCAGUUUCGCAAAAUGUGUCAGCACCUGAUAAAUCCAUGAACUACAAUGCACCUCCUUUUAUUCCUCCACAAAACAGCAUACGCUCAGCCCCAGUCCAACAACAGAUUUUGGUGCCUGGUAACGAACAGAUACCCCACACCCCCACAUCAGUGCCUGAAAAUAGGCAGCUGUAUGAUAGUAAUAAAGUUAUUUUAGAAGCAUUGUCCCUCCAGAGAUUGCCUAAACUUACACCAAAGGUAUUUGAAGGUGACGAAAUGGAAUUUCUGCGUUGGGAAUCAUCCUUUGACGCCCUAGUGGCUUCAAACACCAAUGACUCCAAGACCAUGUUGCAUUACCUAUGCAAGUUUCUGAAAGGAGAACCACUGAAGAUGGUAGAACAUUAUCAGGACUUACACCACGAUGCUGAUACCGCUUAUCGUCGAGCUCGAGAGGAGUUGAAAUACAGGUAUGGCAACGCCAGCGUUCUCACCGCAAGUAUUGACAAAAAGCUAACCGAGUGGCCCAAGAUUGGAAGAGAUAGUAAUCGCGAGCUUCUACAUUUUAGCGACUUCCUGAAUCAAGUUGAGGCGGCCAUGAAUAAGUACACCGCACUAAAAUUCUUCGAUUGUGCCAGAGAACUAGUUAAGUUGGCAGAAAAACUACCUGGAUGGGCACAGAAUGAAUGGAAACGGAAAGUCUGGCAAUACAAAGAGAUAAACGGUGAAGAAAGUUUCCCCCCUUUCUCGCGUUUUGCAGAGACAGUGAAGGUGCUCGCCCGACGUGCCAAUAUGCCCGAAUUUGGCAUGACCACAAAACAAGAAGAGAGCCGAAGAAAAGGGUUCGACAACCAAAGAGCCAAAAGGAACUCGAGUAAGAACUUUAGCGUCUUUGGUACACGAGUAAACCAAGGAAAUAAAAACGACAAGAGUACCCAGUUUAGCCCAGAGACAUUCGGAGAAAGAUCUCAGGACCGCAGUCAUCAGCGCAAGAUGUUCUGUUUUCACUGCCAGAAAGACGACCACUCUCUUAACGACUGUAAAGACUUUCUUGCAUUGGACUUUGAUAAUCGAAAGACAUUUCUGAGAGAAAACCGAAUAUGUUUCAACUGCUUAGAAACGACGAAUCACAUCGCGAAGAAAUGUGACCAGAAAAAACCUGAAUGUGCAACAUGUGCCCAGAGACACGCAACAGCUUUGCAUGAUCCACAACGACAUCCCAGUGAACCCAAGGCGGCCACAAAAUGCACACGAGUUUGUGGCUCACACCAGACUACCAAAUCAUGUGCCAAGAUUGUACUCGUGUGGCUUCGUCACCCAUCCGUCCCAGGUAGAGAAGUCCUCACCUAUGCCCUGCUGGACGACCAAAGUAAUGCGGUCCUUGUUAAGGAAUCUGUGUUUGAGAGACUCGGAAUCGAAGCAUCCCCUACUAAUAUAAAAGUCUCAACAGUCUUAAGCAAAGACAAACUUGUCGCAAGUUAUCGUGUACGGGACCUAGAAGUCUCAGACUACCACCACCAGAACUCAAUACGUUUAUCCACUGCCUACACCCGGGAUGACCUCCCAGCAGAUGACAGUGAUAUCCCAACAAGAAGAGCAGCUAGUCAAUGGGAUCAUCUGAAGGACAUCGCGAAACACAUUCCAGAACAACGCAAAGUAGAAAUAGGCUUGCUGAUCGGCCGAAAUGUCCCACAAGCAAUGAAAACCAGAGAAGUAGUAAAUGGGAAAGAUGACGAACCAUGGGCAGAACGCUAUGACCUGGGAUGGACAAUAAUAGGUGAUGUAUGCAAAGGCCCCGAGGGAAACGACAGCGACGAGGCAUUCAAGAUCAAUAGAAUCGUUGUACGUGAUAGUGCAACGACAAAAGAAAUUUAUACACCCUCGGACGUGCAACGAAUGAUGGAGCUUGACUACUCCGAAAGAAAGGCAGAGCGUGAAGACAACACAAUCCAUUCUGUCGAAGACCGCAAGUUCUUACAGAUCCUUGAAGAAGGAAUCAAGAAAGAUACAGACGGGCGUUGGGAAAUGCCGCUGCCCUUUAGAGAUAAGACCCCCCUCCAUCUACCAGAUAAUCGUCCACAUUGUCUCAGAAGGAUGAUGUCUCUGAAAAGAAAGUUUGAGAGAGAUCCAAAGUUGUUUAAGGAUUAUUCAGAAUUUAUGGAAAAGAUCAUUUCCAAGGGACAUGCAAGCAAGGUUGAAGACAGCGCACGUGAAUUCCAACCCAGUCAAACAUGGUACCUUCCUCACUUUCCAAUCUAUCAUCACCAGAAGCCAGAUCAAAUCAGGGUUGUCUUUGACUGCAGCGAUACAUUUGAAGGAGAAAGCCUCAACAAACACCUCCUCCAAGGGCCAGACCUGAUGAAUAAGCUUAUAGGAGUUCUUACCAGAUUUCGACAAGAAGAAAUUGCCGUAACGUGUGACGUGGAGCAGAUGUUUCACAACUUCACGGUAACUGAAGAGCACAGAGAUUAUCUUCGUUUCUUGUGGUUUCAAGAAAGUGACAUGACUAAGCCCAUUGUAACGUAUCGGAUGAAUGUGCACCUGUUCGGAGCAGUAUCCAGUCCAGGAUGCGCUAACUUUGGUCUUCGCAAAACAGCGCAGGAUGGUGAAAGUGAAUUCGGCGAAGACAUCGCGAAUUUUGUACGAAAUGAUUUCUACGUGGACGAUGGAUUAAAGUCUGUCAAGACAACAGGAGAUGCUAUCAAUCUUAUCACGAAAUCACAAGCAAUGUGCGCAAAGGCGGGUCUCCGUCUUCACAAGUUCGCCAGUAACUCCGUCGAAGUCCUUGAAGCUGUGCCAGCCGAGGAUCGUGCAAAAGAGAUAAAAGAUCUCGAUCUACGUCAUGACACCCUCCCGAUUCAAAGAUCACUCGGUACAUAUUGGUGUAUAGAGUCGGACACGUUCCAGUUUAGAAUAACGUUAAAGGACAAACCCUUUACACGCCGAGGCAUUCUGAGUACGGUCAGUUCGGUUUACGAUCCACUUGGAAUCGUAUGUCCAGUAAUUCUCACCGGGAAACUGCUCUUGAGAGAACUAGUUCAACAGAAAGCUGAUUGGGACGAUCCAAUACCUGAAGAGAUUCGCCCACGUUGGGAGAAAUGGAGAGCAGAAUUAAAAGACUUAGAAAAGCUGGAAACGCACCGUUGUUUGAAACCGCCAAGCUUUGGAGAAGUAAAGUCUACGGAGAUACAUAGCUUCGCUGAUGCCAGUCAGUCCGCUGUGGGACAAGUUUCUUACCUUAGGCUUGUGAACGAAGAAGGUCAGGUCCACGUUUCGUUUUUGAUGGCCAAAGCGCGAGUCGCUCCUUUGAAACUCGUAUCCAUACCAAGACUUGAACUCACAGCUGCUGUUAUUUCUGUGAACGUUGUCCAAGAACUUUCUAGAGAACUGGAUUAUGACGUAGAUGCCGACAUCUACUAUAGUGAUUCAACGGUCGUUCUUGGAUAUGUCCAAAAUGAAGCCCGCCGCUUCCACGUUUACGUAGGAAAUAGAGUACAAGCUAUAAGAAGCAAAACUUCCCCUGAAUCAUGGCACCAUGUAAAAGGCAAGGAUAACCCAGCCGACAUCGCCUCAAGAUCCGCCACACCGAAGGAAUUGUUAGACUCUCCCACCUGGCUAAAUGGUCCAGAUUUCUUAUGGCAAACAGAACUACCCGAGAACACCAGCAGUUCGCCUCCCCUCGAUGAGAACGAUCCAGAAGUUAGAAAGGUUACCGUCCACGCUGUUCACGUGAAGUCGCAGAAAAGACCCUUAGACAUGGACAUUCUGAAUCGCUUCUCUUCGUGGUUUAAGCUAAAACAUGCAGUAGCCUUAGCGACAAAGUACGUCAAAAUACUACGAAUCAGAGUAUCCCAGAGAAGAGCAGGUCAAGAGCCAGAUGUCCGCGGGAAAAGUUCGUCUAUGUCGGUACUCGUUGAAGACUUACAACAAGCAGAACAUACGAUCAUAAAGAAUGUUCAACAGCAUUAUUUCCAUGAUGAAGUGACCGUCUUACAGAACCUAAAGGACGGACAGUUCAAAAACUACGCAGAAACCAGAACAAGGAACCAGAAGCUAAAACACAUCAGUUCACUGCACCGCCUCGACCCGUUCGUAGACCAGCACGGAAUUGUUCGAGUCGGUGGACGAAUUAAACGUGCAGAUGUCACAUUUCAAGAGAAACAUCCAGUUGUUCUACCAAAGAAUAGUCACAUCACCACGCUGGUUAUACGACAUCACCACGAAGCAGUUCAACAUCAGGGCCGUCUACUGACCUUGAACGAGAUUCGACAUGCUGGCUAUUGGAUAAUCCACGGUAGAGCCACAGUAUCAAAUGUCAUCAACAAAUGCGUGAAAUGUCGCAGACAACGAGGCACAACAGAAACCCAGAAGAUGGCCGAUCUUCCAUUCGACCGCACGAAAGAAACCGCUCCGUUCACUUAUGCUGGAGUAGAUGCCUUCGGCCCCUGGUAUAUCAGAGAAGGUAGAAAGAGUGUAAAAAGAUACGGCGUUAUCUUCACCUGUAUGGCUUCAAGGGCCAUUCACCUUGAAACAUUAAACACUAUGGACACAGACAGUUUUAUUUGUGCUUUAAGACGGUUCAUGUGUAGACGAGGAAACGUUCGCCAGCUUAGAUCGGAUCGAGGAACGAACUUUAUCGGGGCGAAAGGAGAGCUGACGCAAGCAUGGAAUAAGAUGAACCAAGACCACGUCCAUCAAUUUCUUCUGACGAAGAACUGCGAUUGGAUCAUGAAUGUUCCUCACGCUUCUCAUAUGGGAGGUGUGUGGGAACGACAGAUCAGAACAGUCAGAUCAGUCAUCUCCGCUCUUAUGACUGAACUCGGCGACCAACUCGACGACGAGACUCUGCGCACGCUCUUCACAGAGGCAGAAAAUAUUGUUAACUCCCGCCCAUUAACUGCAGAUGUCUCCGACCCCGACAGUCCAGAACCAAUAACACCAAUGCAACUACUUACGCUGAAAUCUAAAGUUGUACUGCCACCACCGGGACAGUUCAGUCGACCCGAUGUCUACAGUCGUAGAAGAUGGAAGCGUGUGCAAUUCUUAGCAAAUCAAUUUUGGCAGAGAUGGAGACGCGAAUACCUCCAAAACUUGCAAAUCAGAAAGAAAUGGCAAUGCCCCAAACGAAACCUUCAGGUUGGUGAUAUUGUUAUUGACAAAGACGAAGACCUUCCGCGAAAUCAGUGGCCGUUAGCGAAAGUCACCAAAACUUACCCCAAUGAUGAUGGUCUAGUUCGAAAAGUUGAGAUUCAGAAGGCAACAAGCAACCUGGAUAAGAACGGAAGAAGAAAGAAUAGCUUGAGCAGCUUCGAACGUCCAAUUCAUAAGUUGACAGUGUUGUUAGAAAUGGUGGAGCAAGAAGAGACCGAAAGGAACGUCCCCGCCAAGGAGCAAUGA